ACCGAGCCGACCUGUUGAACGCGUCAUUGCGCAGGGUGUUGGCGCACAAAGCGGACGUGUUCAGACCUGCUCUAGUCCGGAUCCUGGUCCCGGUCUCUGCUGGACUCCGUCCCGGUCAAAAAAGUCAAAAUGUCCAAGAUGUUCACUGUGAUGUUGAUGACCUUCGUGUCACUGGUGUUUGCUGAAGAACUGAACUCUGAGGAUGACCCCUUCACCUUCGACUACCACAGACUCCGCGUGGGCGGGCUUAUCCUCGCCGCCGUCCUGUGUCUCAUCGGCAUCACCAUCCUGCUCAGCGGACACUGCAGGUGCAAGUUCAACCAAAAGAGGAGGAGGACGGGAAGCAAUGCCCAGCAGAUGCUGACGGACCAGGGUCGUGCGUGCGACUGUUAGAUGUCAAUCGAACGCCGGCGUCCAAACCAACAGGAGACAUCACGGAGGAGCAGACGGAUUCAGACAUUCAGAUGCUUUUGAGAAGCUUUUUGUUUUUUAUAAUUUUGUUUUAGAGCUACAUGACGUAGACUGAUGUGUACCUGUGAGGGGUGACGUUAAUGUCCACCUGAGCUACUGAUGGACAGUCUGCAGAUCCAAAAAGAAGACCUACUGUCCAAAAUGAAGACCUACUGUCCAAAAAGAAGACCUACUGUCCAAAAAUAAGACCUACUGUCC